AGGGCAGGCAGGCGGACCCCCCCUCCUCCAGCCCCUCCCCCAAGGCUUCACGUGGUUGAUUCUACAGAACAACAUGAAGAGACGAAAAUAGCAUUUUAAGGGGCUUGGCCGUGGAAGGAUGGCCUUCUUGGACAACCCAACUAUCAUUCUGGCUCAUAUUCGGCAGUCCCACGUGACCAGUGAUGACACAGGGAUGUGUGAAAUGGUUUUAAUUGAUCAUGAUGUUGACCUCGAGAAGUUUCAUCCCUCUACAGUGACUGGAGACAGUGGCCCGGAAAUUCAGGGAAGUGGUGGUGGUGAGAAUCAGGGCUUUGUAUAUGCCCAGUCUGUCGACAUUACCUCAAGCUGGGACUUUGGCAUCAGAAGGCGAUCGAACACAGCUCAGAGAUUAGAACGACUUCGAAAAGAGAGGCAAAACCAGAUAAAGUGCAAAAAUGUUCAGUGGAAAGAGAGAAAUGCUUCUCACUCAGCGGAGGAGCUCAGCUCACUGUUUGAAAAAAAGAACUUCAAAGUUAAGUCUUCAAAUUCUGGGAAGCAGUCAAUAUUAUCAGUACGACUUGAACAGUGCCCUCUCCAGCUGAAUAACCCUUUUAAUGAGUACUCAAAAUUUGAUGGCAAGGCUCACCUAACCCCCCGCUACGCCCCCAAAUCACACCCAGCCGCCCUCCCCUAG